AUGAAGCUCGAACGAUAUCAAGGUGUUUCUGAAGGAAUGGAGAAGAGGCAGAGACCGAGCGAUCUUCCUGUUAGCGGUCGCCCUUGCUUUUGGCCAGGAUGUCCUGGUAUAUCAAGCUGGGGACCUCCACCAUUCGUAACGCAGACUCCUUCGCCAGCUGCUUCCAGGUCAGAUGCCCUAUCCUCAACUUCGACCCCAACGACGACAGUCGACGGCGCUCAGGCUAUGAUCACGGUGACCGAUUUCUCCUCCUCAUCAACACCAUCCGACUCUGUGCCCACCGAUCUGACCUUCCAAUCAGCCGCCCAAUCCUCCUCCUCCUCCCCUACCCCAGCGACGAUAAUUGGUGCUGUCCUAGGCAGCAUCUUCGGACUGCUUCUUCUGCUCGCUUUCUGCGUCUGCCUGCGGCGCCGUCGACUCAGGAAUCAACCUCCCCCCGAGAACGAGAAGAUCGAAGCGUUCAACGUCGACGCUAAGUGGAAACAAAACCCAGAUUUCGUGAUAAACAUCACGGCCCCUCCCAACGAACAUGGCAUCCAACCCUACCCCUACCUCCAUCCUACGAGUGCCACGACAACUACGACCCUCUCCUCGUCAAAAAUAAGUGAGAAGAAGACGAAGUACGGCCUGAGAGCGAGCAGUAGCACUGCCGCGUCGGCCAUCUCCUCCUCAUCUGCAAGCUCAUAUCCUUCGACCAUGUCUUACGAGGAGCAGCAGCGGAUGAUGGAGCAGCUGAACGCGCUCCAGAUGCAUCUUCGGCACGUGGAGGCGCAGGUUCGGAACGUGAACGAGAACCAAGUUGGCGCAGGAGAGCAGGAGCCGCCGCCGAUGGAGACGGUACACGAGCGGCUGCAGAAAUGUGCGAAGUGUUUGUCCGUCGGCUACUGUGGUCGAGAGUGUCAGAAGAAGGGCUGGGCUCAUCACAAGAGCCUCUGUUUUCCCCCUGAACCACAGCGCAUCUACAUUCGAAGGAUGAUGGUUGAGAUACCAAAGGAGAAGAUACUGCUACGUUACCUUAUGAUUGCGAUUUCUAUUGAGCUUUUCAAAAACUCUCCGACGUUCCCAGAUCCGAGGUCACCUUGCAUCGUCUCCGUCGAGGUUAUCCUCCAUCCACUCAGCCACAAGCACUACAACUCUCUCAUUUACCCUGAAAUAUUGUUCGACUCUGUCACCAGCAUCUCCAUGCCGGGAACUGUCAGGUUCAUGUCCAUCGAACUCGAGAAGGUGGCCGACCACGAAAAGUUACGACGCUCCUGGGAAGACAACCGCCAAUCGAUGGACCGUAACCCUCGCCAUCUAGACUCCCUUUCCGCCCUCAUUCGAAUGAAUUAUACGGCUCAUAGCAACAUGUUGGCCUAUAUCAAUAUGCCGCUGACCCCAUCGGACUUCAACUCAGCGAGAGAGGUGGUGUUGAGGGGAGAGCCUUCGGGCACGGUUUGGGGACUUACUUCGGGGAAUCCCAUGCUAGACCGUAUGAACCUGGAGCUCAGUAAAAUGAAGAUGAAGAGUCAUCCGUUGGCGGUCGACGAUAAGAGGCUCAUCCGAGAUUUCGGAGGCCUCUGCUGUGGCAAUAAAUAG